AUGGGCACCAUUCACUCCAGCACUGAGGCAGGCACCAUUGAGUCCAGGGCCCCAAGUGGCACCUACAUCUGCAGUACUGCAGCAACCCGAGAUUGUCUCAGUACCAACCACGCUGAAGGCAUUUGCAGCCACGAGAGAUCUGCUGAGCCUGCUGGUGCUGGUAUCCCUGGCAGUGCAGGAUACUGCAUUCCCAGUACCAGCAGACAGAGGGGCACCGGUGUUGGUGCUGUGACAACUUCCUGUGCUUUAGACUUCAUGCCCAUCAGUACUGUUGAAGGAGAAGCCUGUGAUGUUGGCUGCUCUACGCUUUUCGCCGACUCGGUGCUGUUCUCCGACACCCUCAGGAGCUGCCCCCUUGGUGUGCACAGGGUGACUCAUCCUCCUGAAUUGGAGAUUGGUGCCUAUGAUUCCCAGCGUUGGAGCCAGUCAUGCUACUCUUCCCCUUCCUCCCCCCUGGGUAGUUACUAUCCAGGUUGCCUCAAGAUCCUUCAGGUGGAGUGGGAUUGGAGGAAUGAAGCAGAAGAGGUGGAAGGGUUUACCCAGCUGCUAGAAGGGAACAAGCAGUUGUCCAUCUCUCCCCCUGUAUGCACUGACAGUAGAGGGAAGGCCAAUGCUCAAACCACUGAACUAUCCCUCCGGGAUGUCUUCAAUUAUGGUGCAGUCAAUGCCUCCGUCUGGUUGGUGGUCUCCUUCACCGUCAAGCGCUUCGUGGCUAUCAACACCUUCAAGCUGAAGGCAAAGCUGUGCUCCCCGAGACGCACGCUCUACACGAUCGCCUUGGUUCACAUCUGCGGCUACCUAGUGGCUAUCCCGUAUUAUUGGUCCAACAGAUCAGAAAGGGUGAAUGGGACGGGGCGGGCGAUCUGCAAGUUUAAUCCUGACCUUCCCAACUCCUACGUUGAGGGGCUGGUUUGGUUUCAGACCUCACUGGUCAACAUUGUCCCUUAUAUCAUCAUCUUCACCUUGAACAGCCUGAUCCUCAGGCAGAUCGUCCUCAGCAACAAAGUGCACUGUGUGAUGGCUGGAGGGCUCCACCGAAUGAACUCUGGGACCCAAUUCAGGUACCAGAAGAAGAAAUCCAUCCUCCUCCUUGUGACUGUCUCGAUGAUGUUCGCUUAUCUGGGCGCCACCAGGUUCGUCACGCAGAUUAUUCUCAGGACCUGCCAUUACGACAUAGAGAGACAAGAUUACUCCAAGGCCAUUAACAUUGCGGUGGACUUUGGUACUAUGCUGGAACUGACCAACUCAGCUGUGAAUGUGUAUCUCUAUGCCUGCACCCAGACUGCUUUCCGCAGGGAGCUAGUCCAUUGCCUCAAGGCUCUCCUCUUUCCCUGCAAAGCACAGAGAACGCACCCAUCAGCCAUCUUCCAGGUAUAA